AUGAAUAAUGUUUUAGAACCGGGCAGCGGCUACCAUCUGCGCAUGGAGUCGCCGCGGCCCCCGCCACGCCCCGCCGCGCCGGAGUCGCCCGCGCUGCGCGCCGUCCUGGCCGCGCCGGGCUCGCCCGCGCUGCGCGCCCUGUUUGCGUCGCGCGCCUCCCUCGUGUCUGAGCUGCGCAGCGACUCCGAGCCUGCCCCCAGCCGAGUGGAUUCGGCGCCCCCGCUGCCAACAUCACCGCCGCGCCUAGUCGAGCAGGUUCCAUCGUGGCCGGGCUUCGCUGAGCCGGUUCCAUCGCUGCCGGGCCUUGUCGAGCCGGCUCCAUCACCGCCGAGCCUUGUCCAGCUGGCUCUAUCGCUGCUGACCUACGUCGAGCCUGCUCCACCGCCGCCUCGCCUCCCCUCGCCAGCACCAUCGCCGCAGAGCCUUGUUGAGCUGGCUUCAUCGCCGCCGCGCCUUGUUGAGCUGGCUCCAUCGCCGCCACGCCCUGAUGAGCUGGCUCCAUCGCUGGCUCCAUCGCCGCCACGCCUUGUUGAGCUGGCUCCAUCGCCGCCACGCCCUGAUGAGCUGGCUCCAUCGCUGGCUCCAUCGCCACCACGCCUUGUUGAGCUGGCUCCAUCGCCGCCACGCCUUGUUGAGCUGGCUCCAUCGCCGCCACGCCUUGUUGAGCUGGCUCCAUCGCCGCCGCGCCCACGUAUCCCCGCGCGCACCGCCCUGUACUCGGACGAGGGGGGCGCCGGCCUGGGCGCGCUGCUGGCGGAGCGCUUGUCGCGGGGCGUCAUCAACAACUGUCACCCGGGGGCCUCCGUCGAUCGUCUGGUCGAAUGUAUUGCCGCGGGCGAGUUUGACCGCGACUCGACGCUUGUAGUUUUCGUAGGGAAUAGUGUCGACUUCCACGAAUGUUGA